AUGGAUUACGGUGCCAAGCAUGGAUCAAUGGGUGGCAUCAGUGCUAUCUCGCCAGGUCUCGAAUCGGUAUGGGCUGGCGAAGGAGACAAGGAAGUCGUGGUAGGGACGGCGGCACCAACAGCGAUACCGAUACACACACGAGUAACACCACCUGGAAAGGAGCCGGCACGGAUUUGCGGACUCAGGCGUGUCUUCUUUUGGCCUUUGCUGGCUGCUACCCUCGCAAUAGUGAUUGGACUUGCUAUUGGCCUGGGCGUGGGACUUGGGGUAAAACAUAGGGCCAAAAAGCCAGCAUCAACAUCGGAAAAGACCUCUGACUACUACAUUGGUGGCGCACUUAAUCCUGCUUACUACUCGAAGCAAGGUGCUUUCAAUGGCAGUGGCUUGGCGCUGGCAUCUCAGUCGUUCGGUUCAGGCGAGUAUGGCGAGCUCGUCCUCUACUUUCAACAUCAUUCUGGAUCGAUUCGCUGGCAGAGGCUGACACCGGACAAUGGCUGGCUGGGAGGAACUGCAUCGGAGGUCGUUGCAACAGACGCCAAAAACAGCACGCCUCUGAGCGCGGUAGCCUAUAGUCUGAAUGGUGUAUCUACUGUAAGUCUGCACAUGAUCAAAGCUGAUACUCUCAUGCUGAUGUACUUUAGNUGGCAUCUCUUCUACAUCGACAACAGCAAUCGACUUCGAGAAAAGAUCAACAGCAACGCGACAAACUUAUGGGUAGAAGGACCACUGACCGGAGAGAACCACACUGUUCUGGAUGCCGAUCAAGUCGGCAUGCAAGCCUGCUGGUAUGGCAAUGACUACGGCGACGCCGACUACAAGCACAGUCCAUUGCCAAACCAAGGUAACAAUACUGCCAAUAGCACUACAGGCUCGAAUACAGAUGUCGGUAUGCAUCUCUGGUAUGCCUCUGAUGCUUCCACGUUCCAACAGCUCGGAUGGCGUAACGGCGAUAACAACUGGACUUACCAACAAGAAUGGUCAGACAAGAAUGGACACGCAGGCUUAGGCUGCUACUCCUGGGGUCCAGGCACAACAACCUAUGUGAUGAUGGUGAACUCGUACAACACGGCAGAAAUCUGGUGGAAAGACACCAACACCACCACUUCGUUCUCUGCCAACCACCCAAUCAAUCAGUGGACAAACAGUUCAGUGGCUAUCAACAACGUUCAUCCGUCUUCUAGUCUAGGCUACACGAACGCUUUUUACACCCAGGGAACUGACGGCUGGAUCACAGGACACAACAUCACAUGGGCGUCUGAAAACACCACCAUACAAGGCAGCUUUCCAGUAAAUGAUCCUGGUAUACCUGGUACUCACAUGAGUGUGACAACUCUGCCCGACCAGAGUGGGGGAGACAGUUUGUGUGUCUUUUACCAAACGACUGGAAACGACGUGACAUUUGCGACUCGGGACCUGGUCCAAGGUGCUUGGACGGCGGCGACAUUGAAGGUCCCCGAUUCUUGA